ACAUAUUCGAACCAAAUCAAUACGCUGCUAUCGUAUUAUUCGAACUAGGAAUAUUUAAAGCCUCGGUGGAGAAUUCAUACUUGGAGAGAUACUGCUUGCAAGGGAGCGCAGCGGAUCUCUAUCUAUUAACAGGAAGGAAGAGUAGUGACGCUCUAGCUGUGAAGGAAUAUAUUCUUUUUUCUAAUCUGUUCCUUCAUCGAAAAAGAUAGGGGACACGCGACCUCCUUAAAGAUACUACUUCUAGUACCUAUUAAGAUCAUCUUCUCCCCCCAUUACUCUCUACCGCCAUCGCCAUCGACUUCUUUCCAAUCUGUGCCACCCCCAAUACACUUACCACCCCUCGCUUCAUCUCGAGCGUAAAUCUCGAACCCCCUCCUCCCCUUAGCCAUCGUGUGGCAUUUAACUAAGAAAGAAUCGAUGAAAUGGAGAAGACCAAUCCACCAUCCCCAGCGCCGUCUAACAGCAACACACAUCCCUCUGCUACCGCCGACGAGGUUCUCCGGAACCAAUUCCAGCAGCUCAUCCAACAUAAUGCAUCAACGGCACCUGUCGACGUGGACGGCCAUAUAGGCUCAAAUCCACAUUCGCGGUACUCUAGCCCAGCACCGCAACAGCAGCAGAUGACCAUGCCAAUGUAUGACCACGGUUCCCCUUACUCGAGCGCCCCUCCGGCCUCUGCGUAUAGUAGCGGUUACCAGCAACAGAGUUACCAGAUGGAGCCAAGCCCGUAUCCGCAAUUACCUGAUACAGGCUCAUCAAUGACUCCUCACAAUGCCUACAGCACUCCUGCAACAUCACCGCCAACACCAAUGCAAUCAGACGGCAUGAUGACUCGAAGUGGAAGAGCUAUUAGCCGUGUGCACGGCAGCACGCCAGUACUUGGUCCGCGACCAUCGCGGGUCGUAAAGCGAUCACCAAAGCCAGAAUCUGAAGCGAGUGUAAAAUCAGGCGCGGGCGCCAAGGCGAAGAAGAAGAGAAGGGGCAAGGGAGUAGGGGGUGAGCCGGCCGUGGUGCUGGAGGCGCCACUGAGUGUGUUAGUUAAAGACAUUAGCACGGUGCAGGACACCAACAUCGAGGAGUAUGUGAACCGACUACCAGAGGUGCGGCAGGCCGAGGUUCGAGACUCGAAAGAAGGCAAGAUAAAGCGGCCGAUGAAUGCUUUCAUGUUGUACCGGAAAGCCUACCAGAACCGCACCAAGGAGUGGAAAAAGCACGACAAUCACCAGGUCAUCUCUCAAGUUUGCGGCACAAGCUGGAAUAUGGAAUCACAGGAGCUGCGCGACCAGUAUGACAGCUGGGCCAAGAUCGAGCGUGCCAACCAUAAGCUUGCCUUCCCCGACUACAAAUUUGCGCCGGCCAAGGCGAAGAACAAGAAGAAUAUCGUCGCUCCAAGCAGGGGUGCCACUGGUGACUCGGAAGACGACGGCUCCGAUCUAGAGGGCUAUGAGUGGGAUAUCAGCGCGCCGCCGUCGCGGAAUGCGUCAAGGGCCGCGAGGCCCAUGUACGACCCGGACGCAGAUUACCGGCCACCAGGAAUGCGAACAGCGUACCCGACGUAUCAUCAAUCGCCGGUGGCACAUCACAGAGGGCUCCCGUAUCCGGCUCACCAAUCUUCAUUCCAGUACUCGAACCCGGGCAAGCCCCGGCCAUCCGACUAUGGAGCCGGGCUAGGCCAGAACCAAUACUACCAGCAGACGAGCGAGUUUAGGCCAAGCUAUUCACAUCCCAUGGCGGCAUACGGCGGCGGCGCGUUGCAAGGCCAAAUGCAUUCGUUCGUCGAGAACGUGUUCAUGAACAAGGCGAAUUCGCCUGCGGGAUCUUUCCACAACCCGUCACCGGUCGACCAGUACGGCGAACUGAUGGGUUCUGCGUACCCGCCGCCACCGCAGCACCAGGUCGCCAUGCCACAUCAGCGCGGACUUUCGCGCGUGAACGAGCACCAGAUAGACCCUUCACUCAUGGGGCACCAGGGUGGGGCGCACCAGUACGAUGCCCUAGGAAUCCUAGGACUAGGAGAUCAUAACGAUGGCGGAGUGCACUACUCUCUCGACCAGGGGUCGCUGAGCGGACAUGCCGCUUCGACGACUUCCGUCAUGGACGAUGGCGUCAACCAUCAUAGCCAGCAGCAGUUCGAGCAGGCGUUCCACCAAUCGUCGAAUGUCGACGCCGGCGCCGAGACCCCAUGGCACGACGAGCCAUCCAUGCACCUGGCAUCGCUACACGAUGUGCCGUCAAAGAUGGACAGCGGCGAGUGGGAGACGACGCUAGAGGGGACGGAUUUCGAUAUCGAUGGGAUUUUAGGCACGACCGAUAGUCCAGGGGGGUAGGGGACGACGAAGGAGUAAUGAAGAGAAGAGAAGAGAAGAGAAGGGGGGAAGGCAUGUUAAUUUUACGAAAAUGGACGGCAAUGUAAAGGUCAUACAUACCUUUUUUUGUAAUUAAAUUCGAUGAUUUUGUUGUUUUUUUUUGCUAUUUCUUUCGCAGCUCUCUUCUGUUGCCCCUUUUGUACCUGGGUUGUUGCAACCCCCCCUUGAUUUGUUUGAGUACGUGCGUCGGUUUUGGUUGGGGAGUUUUUUUUUCUUAUGUCUAAAGGGCUCAGCAUCAUCCAUGGACAUAGAUUUGGUUGAGCUGGAACGGGCUGGCGGCUGAAAGUGAUGAUGAUACCCCUUUUCUUUCUUCCCUCAUCCCAUUCGUUUAUUGAUAGAUGGAUUGGAAAAGGGGAUUCUAAAUCAGGGCAAACCAAGUGUCAGAGUUUUUGUAUUGUGUGUAGGCAAUUUGGGAUAAGGGGAAUGGACACUACUUGGAGUUGACUGGUUAUUUGUAUCUGAGUUGGGCUGAGUUGGAACUUGGAGAAGUUCUGUUUCAACUGCAAAGAAAGGGCGCAGAAGCGCGUAAAUAAGAAGGGAGAAAUUGAUUGUGUAGUUACCCUUGUUCGACAUUUGAGUAAUUGAGAAC